CAUCCAAUCCACUCAAUAACUUACCUUAGUUUCCUCUGCGUCUUCUGCUCUGCUGCUUCUCGUGAGGCGUGAGUGCCCGUCCCCAGCUCUGCCGGGGUUUGUGCUCUCGUGCCUCCUCAAGCGCUGACGCAGUUUCCCCGUUGAGCAGAUUCGUUGUUGGAUUGGGAUGGCCACUAUCUCUGCCUGCUCGGCUGCAGCAUCAUCCAGCCGUGUAUCAUCGAGCCCUGUCAUCUCCCUUCAGGAGAAAACGUCGUUUUUUGCUUCUCCUGUCCGGAUGACGUCAUCCGCGCAGCUGCGUACCUCGUCGUCUUCUCCUUGCCUGACCGCCUGCCUGUCCUCGUCAACCUUGUCGCACAGCCAGUCGCACACUGACCUGGAAGUCGCAGGCAGGAGCGCGUACCUCCCUGCGACGUCGCCGGCGAUUCCCCUCGACUUCGGCGAAACCGAAGAAGUGACAGGUGAUCUGCCGUUUCCUCGCGAAGGCUAUUCGCUAGCCUUCGUGUACGGCACGCUGAAGAAGGGAUUCGGGAACCACUGGCUCAUGCAGAAACUCAUGGCCGACGGCGAUGCGAUCAAAAUCGGAACCGCUCGAACGCUCCAGAAUUAUCCGCUCGUUUGCGGUCCGUUUCAGGUGCCGUUCCUGCUGCAUCUGCCUGGCAGCGGUCACAGGGUCCUAGGGGAAGUAUAUGAGGUGAAUUCGAAAGCGGUUGCUGCGCUAGAUGUGCUCGAAGGGACGGACCGCGGACACUACAUGCGCUGUCCGUUGGAGCUUUCGAAUCUGGUCAUGAGCGAGAAAUACGCCGCGAAUCUCGGCGACAGGUUUGACAAUCUGAAGCAGGAGAACGACGGAGCGGAAGAGCCAGUGGCGUUCAUGGCGGAAGCGUAUUUCGCGGGGCUCGCGCACACGCCAGGGCUGGCCAUGGCGCGGCCGAUUGAGAGCUACGACGCCAACGCUGCAGCGACCUACGUUCCGCGGAAAUUCAGGCCCGAAGGGAAGACAUUUCUGGAGCAUGUGCACUCGUGGAUCGUUGACAAGCGGCUGCUGGCUGGUGUUAGCUCGAAGCAGUAUAAGUACCCUCUUUCCGUCAUUUGAAGAUGAAAUGGGGAUGGGUGGGUCCGGUCUAAAUGUUGAUUUACUGUAGCUGGUUGUUUAUACGGCAGAAUACUGGUCUUGGCAAGACAUGGCGCUGUUUUAUUGUGAUGUGAAUGGAUCUUCUGGAUGAUAAAUCCAGUGCUUGUGCAUAUCAUAAAUUCCAUAGAGUUGUCCUGUCCUGAAUCUUGAUUUACG